AUGAGAUCCUCGAUACAGCUAAAUAGCACCGUUCUGGUGCUGUCGUGUCUAGGCACCUUGCUGUUUCUAUCGCUCUUUCUCGGCCUUGGUCACGACUUCGUGCCCUACUCGCGCAUCACGUCGUCCAAGACCGUUGACGACCACGAGACCAUUUCCGAGCAGGAGCUCGUUGUCGACACGACGCCCGAGUACAUCCCCAACACAGCCCACUAUGUCUACAUCCUCGCCAACGUCUCAGGCGACUUUUCCUUUGCCUUUUCCGAGGUACUCUCCAUCUACGCCACCUCUCACUACUGGCGGCCUGACGCCAUCUACCUACACACCAACGCACCCACCGAGGCCCUCGAGCGCGCGCGGAGUGGCGCCGCCGGCAAGUGGACGCAGCUUCUGUUCCAGGUGCCAAACCUACGCAUCGCCGCCGCUACGGUGCCGACGCACGCGCAGAGUGGUAAGGAGAUCCGCCUCAUAGAGCACAAGUCAGACUUUGUGCGAGUGCAAGCUAUACGCGAGCACGGCGGCGUCUACCUUGACUUUGACGUGCAUCCGCUGCGCGAUGUGCGCGUGCUCCGCGAGAGUGGCUUCCACGCCGUCACCGGCCGCCAGCAGGGCGCCGAGAUCAACUCGGGAGUCUUCAUGAGUAAGCCGCACAGCCGUAUGAUUGAGCUGUGGAGCGAGGGCAUGAACGAGGCCUUUACCGGCGAGUGGACGGCGCAUAGUAACGGCGUGCUAACCGUCGUCUGCGAGCGCCUUGUCGCCGAAGCCUCUGAGGUGCUCAUCAUGGAGCGCAACGCCUUCGCGCCUGGCAGCUGGAAGAGCGACGACACUGUUCGUCUGCUCGAGGUGCAUGACGACGAUAUGUCAAGCCUCGACAUGCUGUCGCCCGACGGCCACCUGCCCGAGUACGACGACGAGGAGCCCAUGACCCGGUGGUCGGCGCCCCAGAGGCGGCCGGAGUGGGCACAGGACUGGUCAAGGACUUACAUGUUGCACGCCUUCCACCACAACCAGGACGAUUUUCAGAUUCCAGGCUUCGAUCGCAUUACGCCCCGCUACAUUCUUGAGCGUCGCAGCAACAUGGCGCGCGCCGUGUACCCAGUGGCGAGGGAGCUGUUUGAACAAGGCCUGAUUGACAUUGACGAUCCUUACAAGUUUCACACUGACUAA